AUGUCGUCUUCUGAUUCCAAUAAGUCAACCGGGUGGCCAAGCUGGCUGAAGGCUUGCGUUGUGUGCCUUCCGAAGAAAUCUGAGAGGCCGACUUACCCCGAGUUCCACGCCGUUUCAUACAACAAUGCUCAGUCGGGACCGGAGCCCUACAUGAUGGGAGCUCUCCCUGAGAGAAUCGUACGCUCUGAUAGGACUGCUAGAGUUGAGUAUGGCCGAAACGGCCAGGUUUCAACCAAGGCCCAGCGCCCUCAACAUCUCUCAGCGAACCAGAGCCAGGGCACGCUAGCCAGGCCUGGAACAGCCUCAUCCGCUAACACAACAGGCCAACGCUUCCCCGUUAAUUCUGGUAAUGUAUACGGUAAUGGAAAUGCUGAUCCCCGGGACCGCUGGUCUAAGGCUUACCUCACGCCGCACCAGCUCUCGGAAUUGCUGGACAACAUCCACGCUACGCUCGCACACAUCCCCUACGCGAUCUGCGGGCUCGCCGCGCUCAACGACUACGGAUACUUCGCUCGGAGGUUGAACGCCGUGAGCCUGGUAUGCCCGACCUACGCGAAAGACAACGUUCACGGGUGGCUCAGGACCAAGGGCUACGACACGUACGACGACUACUUCGGGAUCCCGGUCGGCGAGCGCGGGUACGGCGGCGAAGGGGCGACGGUUUAUCGGGUGCGCGUUAAGUGGGUCAACGACGAAGGGUUCGCGAAGCUCGAGAGGGUCAAGUCGAGCACGAGCGACGCGUGGGUGCUCGGCCUCACGGACCAGAUCGACUAUGCCGCGAUGGGGUUCAUGCACCAACUCGGCCAAGUCGAGGAGCUGAAGGCGAAUGCGAAGAAGCAGGAGGAGGGCCCGACGCAGGCACAGGCGGUAGCGAGGGCCGAGUCAAGGCUUCGCAUGGCGGCGCAGGAUAUCCUCUGGUGUCUAGACAAGGCGGCGCGAACGCGCCACCGCCUCGACCCGGAGGCCCUCCCCACGCUGCUCGGCGAGGAGUGCUGGACCGCGUUCACGACGCGGUUCGAGCGCGCGAGGACGGAGAUGGCGCGCGCGGGCAUCGACGUCGCGGCCGUGCUGCGCCGCCACAGGGACGCGAGGGAGGUCCGCGACCACGAGGAUAUGCUGCGCCGGUUCGGCUUGGGACAGGAGCGGCUGGUUACGAGACAGCCGACCCCGUUCGAGGGCAUGCGGACCUUGGCUAAUGCGCGCAGCGUGUAUAGUCUGGCUCAGACCCGCGAGUCGGCGGUGCCGGAGAGCCCGUUGCCGCCCCUGCCGCCGCUGCCUGUGCCUGAGCUGGCGUAUUUGGCUCGGAAGCCGUUGCCGGCUGCGCCGGGUGGUGAUAAGGGGAAGAAGGAAAAGGAUAAGGAUGGGAUUUUUGCGGGACUGAUGCUGAAGAGGGCGGGUAGUGCGAGGGAGAGGGAGCAGAGGGAGUGGAGGGAGAAGUUUCCGAAAAUUGGUAAGCCCGUGGCUAGCGGGCGGAACUUGACGACUGCGAGGAGUCGCAGUGUGAGGUCCCCGCCGCGGGAUCCCGCGCUUGUCCAGCUGCCGAGAGAGUCGGCGGAGAUUGAGAGGCCGAAUCCGGGGUGGAUUUAAGGCUUGAGAUGUCCUCUGGCUGUAAGUCGAAGGAGAUAGGGAAUAGGGGAUGAAGAGGUGCCUUCCUGAGUAAGUCUCCUAUGUAAGUUUCUUUUCAUUUUCAUUUACAAUGGCGAUAUGUUGUGUACACCAGUAGAAACUUUGAGAAUCUAGUACCCAGGUAGGUAUUUUUAUUAUAUUAGCUUUCCCCC